AUGUCCGUCGCCGACCAAGUCCAGCUCGACAACUUCGGCUCCAUCUUCUCCCUCGAGGGCAAAGUCGCCGUUGUCACCGGCGGCUCCAGAGGUCUAGGCCUGCACGCUGCCAGCGGGUGCAACAGAUUGCUUCAAGCAGGCUGCUCAAAAGUCUACAUCACAUCUCGUAAAGCCCAAGCCUGCGAUGAAGCUGUGGCAGCCCUCAACGCGCUCCCUAACAAGAGACCCGGCGCACAGGCCAUCUCCGUGGCGGCCGAUAACUCGAAGAUCUCUGAGCUGGACCGGCUCGUUGAGGAAGUGAAGAAGACCACGGACCAUGUGGACAUUCUCUUUGCGAAUGCGGGGGCUACCUGGGGCGAGAAGUUCGAUACCCAUCCCGAGAAGAUGUUCUCGAAGGUUAUGGAUUUGAAUGUGAAGAGUGUGUUCUAUCUCGUGCAGAAGUUUGCUCCUCUGCUUACUGUCAAGGCUACGCGUGAGGAACCCUCACGAGUCAUCGUUACUGGCUCCGUUGCUGGGCUUGGGAUUGGUAGUAUUGGAGAGAACGCCACUUUCAGCUACUCUGCUUCAAAGGCGGCUGUCAUUCAUCUGACCAAGAAUUUGGCUGUCGAGCUGGGUCCCAGACAUAUCCUGUGCAAUGCCAUUGCCCCUGGCUUCUUCCCGUCGAAGAUGGCCGAUGGCCUGAUUAAUCUGCAGGGUGGGCUGAAGUCGCUCGAGGACUACUCCCCCAACAAGAGACUGGGUCGACCCGAGGAUAUUGCGGGUCUGGUCGUGUUCCUCGGAAGUCGGGCAGCCAGCCAUCUGAAUGGAGCGGUCAUUGCGACGGAUGGCGGAAGCCACUUGAAGGGAAAGCUUUGA